AAGCUGUAGCGAGGAUAAAAGUCUUUUUGAAAGUGUUGUCGAGGAUUUGCUCCAAUUUUGAACUUUCUCAUUCAGUCAAGGGGUCCGAGGAGGACGACGAGGACGAGUGGUAAAAGGGAUGGAUCAUCCAUGCAUCGACAUACUUUGGCAGACACUGCAAGUAGCUGUCUCUCCUCACAAUCGGUGCUCACUUCAUUCUUGCCGUGUAUUUUCUCCGGUCCUUAACUAGAGGAUUGUGUCACAGAAUGGCUUCAUUAUGAACACCUGGCUCCAGCCUUUUUGAUUGUGAUUCAUGGGUACCAUGAUUGACUACAGAGCUCUGUAUGAGCAGCAGCGCUUGGAAAAUGAGAUUAAGCAGCGAAGGAUUACAGAGCUUGAAGCCAAACAGAAGAUUUUGGAACGGAGUUUCCGGAAAAUCUUCAAGUUGCGGGAAGAACUGAGGUUCUUACAAGAAGAAGCCGAAACCCAAAACCUAGCGAUACAACAAAAAGUCAGAGACAUCCCCAAUCCUCCCGAAUUAGAACCAGACACCUGCGAGGAAACUUUCCUGGAGAUAGUCGAAGCUAGCCCCGAGCCUCCGCGGAUUAAUUUUAUCAGGGAGAUUGACCCUAAAACAGAUUUGCCUUCUCCGGCUCUACCCCAAGUGAUCUACAAUUGGGACUCUCGCCCCCUGUCCUCGUCCAACUACAGAUUUCUCACCCGAUCCCGGUUCUACAGUCCACAAGUGGACGAGCUCAAGCUGAAUUUCCAGUUCCGCGUCAACUCAUGCAGACUCCCGGAUAAGAUCCAGGUGGAGAUCAAAGAUCACACCGGGCGGAUCGUCUUUCAAAAGCGCCAAAACAUCUACUACAUAAAACUCCAGGAGCGGAUCUCAGUCCUUGACCCUGGGCGUGACUACACACUUGAAGUGAAGACCGUCAAGGAUAAGACCGAGGCCACAGAGACCCUCACCAUCCACAACAAGCAUUUCCAGAAACCCAUCCCUAAAUCCAAACCCCCUUCACUCAUACCUAAGCCAUGUUCCACCAUAGACCUGAGUUUGGCCAAAGCCUUCCAGGGCCUGGUGGAGGAGGUCCACUGCCUUGAAGAAGCGGUGCCUAUUGAGGUCGAAUUCGUGCCAGAAGUGACGGCAUUGACGCCAAAGAAAGUGGAAGGGUUUAACCGCGCCCUUCGAAAUUCCUGUGUUGUCCUGCGGCGCCCUCAACCAGGGGUGCUGAAAAGACAGGGUCCUAUCCCGUUGGUGAAGUACAUCUGGCAGAGGGGUUUCAGGAAGGGCAAGGACGGGGUAUAUACCAAGGUGCCCAUCCUUCGCGUGUCGGCACAGUUCCCGGACAGUAAAGACAUUCUUCCGUGCGAACUGGACUAUCUGAUUGAGGGUGAACGGCUGCAGAAAUUUGCCCGGGUUUUACACCGGCGUUCAACUUGUGAGUUCCAGCUGGACGACAGCCGGGAUUAUUCCCUGGAAAUGAAGAACUCCAACCGAUUCCCAGAGUAUGAGAGCUUUUUCAUGCCACUAAAGUUCAAAGUCAAAGGCCAAACUGGGAUAUCCGACGCCGAAGAGUGGUGCGAGGUGUCAUUUGGACCUGAACCAUCGUCAGCCACCAGUUCCGAACCCAAUUCAUGGUCUCUAUGAAACAAAUGAAAAGAUUGAAUCGAAAUAGAAAGCAACGCAUCCGAACAUAACGCGUUUUAUUUCUUCCCAGAAUUAAGAUCACGGCACCUCAGCAUUGCGUCAACAGAAGCCAAUCUUGUCCAUAUGAAACAUUGAUCACUAGAGCGGCUCCUUGAGAAACAUUUUGGCCCAUUUUUGCCAUAUUACGAUGCCAACCUCGAAUCCAAGCACUUUAACAAACUUGGUGAAUUAUGACUUUACCGCGUGAGAGCUAUUUUUGAUUGUGUGUGCAGCCAACUCCAGUGUUGCAGUUCGUGCCAGUAUUGUUUUUUAGAGUCAGCCAUCGUUCUGCGUGCACACGGGUGGUCCUACAGAAUAUAAAAUUGCAUUGACCGAUCAAAGCCAAGUUUGGAGCACUAAGGUGCAUGAUACUCACAAACACAGACAGCUAACGGAAGACGCAAGUCCCAUGUAGAUUUUGAUUCAAAUCUCCAUGGCGUCAAGCAUAAGUAAGGCGGUGUUGCCGGCCACCAAGCUCAAGUACCUAAGUGAAUUUAACGAGAAGAAUGAACACCCAUUCACCUUCAUCUCGGCCAGGACUUCAAAUGUCUUCUGCAAAUACUGUGAGAGCACUUUUUCUGGCGGGCAAAAGGAAUUAUUCCGACAACACAUUAAGAGUUCUAAGCACUAAGCCAACAAGGUAUUGAAAAAGAAGCGCACAUAUACUCAGUCUCUUUUGACUGAAGUGAUUCCCCUCAACUGUAAAAAGUCAAGGGUUGACAUGGUAGGAGAGGACCUGUGUCGAGGUUUCCUGGCCGCUGACAUUCCCAUCAAGAAGCUUGAGAACCCCGUUUUAAGGGAAGUACUCGAAUCUAACUUGGGUAUCAAAUUGCAACGUGAAAAAGUCUUCAGGAUCAAACACAUCCCUAAGUGCUACGAGGACAUCAUGGAGUGCAUCAAGGAGGAUUUGAAGGAGGGACCAGUCUGGGUCAGUGCUGACUGCUCCAGGGAUGCCUUAGGGAGAGAAGUGGCAAACGUGAUUGUUGGAAUCCUUGAUGGCAAGCAAUACUGCAGGCCACAUUUGAUUCAUGUUGAAUUUCUGGAGAAGGCAGAUUCUGCUGCAAUGGCGCGUACCAUCAAUGAGGCUCUGAAGAAGGUGGAUCCUCAGUUUGACAUAACAAGAGCCAGGAUCUUUGUGAGUGACGCAGCGCCAUACAUGUUGAAGGCUGGGCGAGACCUCAAGAUUUUCUAUCCCAAGCUGCAUCAUUUAACUUGCCUCUGUCAUGGGUUGCAUUUAAUCUGCCACCUAGCCACAGAGGUUUUCCCAGACGCCAAUCGGCUCAUUGCAACGAUGAAGCUGGUUUUUCUUAAGGCUCCGACCCGUCGAGCCACUUACAAGGAAUGCUGCCCAAACCUCCAGUUGCCCCCAGAGCCUUGCCUAACUCGUUAGGGCACCUGGGUUAGUGCAGCGUCCUUCUACUCCAAGCACCUCAGUGAGCUUGAACCUGUCAUUAACAGCUUUGACAGCGAAGCUGCCAGGAACAUUUCAGAGGUCAAGGCCUUAAUGGCUAAGGACAGCUUGAAGGCGGACUUGGCCUUUAUUGAGACACACUUGUCCUUCCUUGCCACAUCCAUCGCUCAGCUUGAGGAGGCUGGGCUGACUCUGCACAACUCCCUUUCUAUUGUCUCCAUGACUCAAGACAAGAUUAACAGCAUUCCAGGAUCCAAAGGCAACAUUUUUAAGGAGAAAUUGUUGAGAGUUUUGGCAAAGAACCCUGGGCUCAAGACGUUGAAGGAAGUGGAUUUGGUGAUCCAGGGGCAACUACAGACCCUUCCGGCUGGCAUUGAACCUGCCACUGUUGCUGCCCUCAAAUUUUGUCCUAUGGUCUCAGUUGAUGUUGAGCGCUCCUUCAGCCAGUUCAAACACGUAUUUUCGGACCGCCGGCAGAGUUUUAAGGAGGAUAAUUUGGCACAAACUGUGAUUGCAAACUAUUAUUUCUCUCGUCGUCAAUAAACUCAAAAGAGUCUGGCCUGUU